AUGUGCUUCCUUUUGGUAAAUUGGUUCUUCCCAUUGUUGUGGACAACAGUUUUCAUUCAAUUUGGAAACUGUACGGGUUUGGAUACAAAACAAUCGCCAACGCCACAUACAUUUCGUUUUCAAUCUACCCAAAAGUGUCUCAGGAAUGAGUUCUAUAAUUUGAACUAUUUUCAAUGCUCGCCUUGCAAUGAGGCUGGAGACGGAGCCACAAACGAGUUGCAGCCCACUACAGACAAGUUCGGCUGUCAGUGUCCAGCUGCGCAUAUCUCGGUUUUCGAGAAGUCCAAACGUUGGCCAACAUGCAAUGAGCUCUGUAGCAAUGCCACAAAGCCCUUUGAGAACUGUACAGAAUCCGAGUUGCCGCCCAUGCAAUGCAGCUUUCAAUAUCUAAAUAGCUCAAUAGUGGCUCAAUCUAUCGGUUCCAUAGUGUUGACCAGAGCGAAUUCCGGCAGCAAUAGCAGCGACUGUAAUAGCUGCAAUGCUGCGUAUAACUUUCAUUACCAGGACUACUGCAUAGCCAACACGCUGUUGCAACCUUAUUUGCAUUACAACGCCUUCUGGCAGGACACCAUCAAAUUAAAGUCCGGCUCAUCUAGCCGACUUCACUUUGGGGAUCUCAAGUUUGUUGCCUUCUUUUGCUUGGCUCUACGGAAUGACAGUGCCUGCCAGCAGUUGGCCAAUCUGUGUGUGCUCUCGCACUACUCCAUGGACAAGCACUCGCCGUGCAGCCCCUUUUUGCUGACCCAGAUGUCAGAUGUGGUUAUCAAAUACGCUCAUGCAGGCGAACAGCUGCGGGCGCUGGAGCCCUUUCUGUUCUAUAAAAAGGGCAGAGCAACGAGAGACUUGCUUACGACUACGCUCCAUCUGGCUAAUCAGACGAGGUUGGAAAUAUUUAGCACAACCUUCGACCUUGCGGGACGUCUUAAGCGUUGGGGUCCUCUUCACUUGGAAAAGCUGAAUCUCUGCCCGGCUCAAAGGGUUCCAACAUUGGACUUAGAGCAGCAGCAGCCGGAGCUUAGUUGUCAGCUGAGUCUGGAGCAGCUCAUAGAUUUGGCCAAACGGGAGGGAAAUGAUAAUUACCAUAAUCUCUAUCUCAACUUUAGCAGCAACUGGUCACAUUUGCUGCACCAGCUGCCUGUGCUGAUUGAAACGCUUACUCCAGAGAAUCAGCGCCCGCAGGAAGAAGAAUGGCAGCUAGUAAAACGCUUUCAGCUGAUUUCGGCGCAUCUCCGCGAUAAUCGAAUGCAUCCCAACUGGCCGCCUUAUGAGGAUGCCCACAAACUGCAGCUCUACCGCUCCCUGCGCUAUGUGGAUCGAGUCGAUUUGAAGUAUACCAUGCAGGCUGGGAGGAGGCUUGGUCUGCCGUUGCUGCGGCUCAGCUAUCGUCAUAUUGAUAUUACGGGCAAUGCAUCCUUGACACAGCUUUAUCCAUUUCGUCUGCGCGUUCACUUUGAGCAACUGCAGCAGAGCGGCACUGCUAAGCUAUUGCUGGAGCUGGCUCUCCCAUUGCUGCUGCUGUUUGCCUUGGUGGCUGCACUGCUGCAUCUACAGAAUCUGAGACGAAGGCGCCGCGCCGAGCUAUGCCAGACCAUAAAUCUGCUGGAGCUGCUGCUCCAACUGGCCGCCAAUGUGGCACUGGCGCUGCUAAUCACGGCGCUUCUCUUGCUUACCUUGCAGGCUUGUGUGCCUCAACGGUUGGCAUUGCUCAUCUAUCCCGCUUGCCUGCUGCAGUUCGUCUUUUUGGCUGUGCAUUUGCGACGCGCCAGCCAACUGGAGCUGUUCCUCAUCGAUUGGGAACGACCUCGCAGCAGCUGCGAGGGUCAGCGUCUCAAUCUGGACAGCUCCUCGCUCUGCUCCAGCGUUCGCACCUAUGUAGCCGAGAGCAGCGUAUCCGCUUGGCGUGUUCUCUUCACGGCCAAUGCCUGGAUACGGCUCAGCUGUGAACAGCGAUAUUCCAGUUUGGCGCAAGCUUUUGUUGUGAUCACCACUUAUCAACUGCUGCAACGUUUCAGUCAGCUUCAAAGUCUAAGCUGUUGCCUGAUAAGCGCCGUUUAUCUGGUCACAUAUUUGUUGCAAGUACUGCUGCUUCGACUCCUGCAACCCAAUCCACUUCAGAAAUUCGUUGAUCUAUGCAGCCUGGCUAACAUCUCACUAUUUUCGCUACUCGAGCCGGGCUAUGGCUACUAUAUACAUGGACGUUCGCCUCAUGGUUUCGCCGAUACGGACAUGUCCUCCAUGAUCCUGCAGCUGCAGCGCGAGGCACAGAACAUGUGCGGCCGACGUGGACUGCUCAUUGAUUCGGACAAGCAGGUCUAUAUCAUUUUGCCGCCACGAAAUCUGCGUACAUAUUUGGAUCGCCUGUUGUUGCCCUUCCAACGUAGCCGAAAUGGCAGCAUGUCACAGACGCUGCUCUAUCAGAAGGAUCCUCAAAUAUCCAGCAUUGAUGGCCAGGUGGAGCGCACCUCAAUUGCUUACGCCAGUAUUAAUCGGUUCUUCUGUGCGUUUAUCGAUCAUGCCAUCAAGGACAUGGAUUAUAUCAUUAAGGAAAAGACAUUGACGGAAAAGUUAUUCAACUGUGAAAUUGAAAACUAUCUAACGGAAAAUAAGGGAACCUUUUACAUCGACGAUGCGCUGAGCUUUAGUCGCGUUCUGCUAUUGGGCAACCAUUUACAUAUAUUUAUACUGGAGAUACUUGUGCUCCUCUCCAUCUAUUUGCUGACCUCCAGUCUGCUGCUAGGCGCCGCUAUAGCCUGCGCCCUGAAUAUGCUUAUGCGUCACAUCUUUAAAAAUUGGGUGCGUCGCAAUGUCUCUCGCAAGACACUGAUUGAUGAGAGAUUUCUGCUGUAGCCAUACAAGCAUCUGGACGAGCAAUACAUGCGGGACGAUGGCUUCUUUGGAAUAUGAUAGAUUAAGAAUGAGAAUCGAAAUGGAAUGUUGGCUUUUUUCUUUUAUUAAAAAAUCCACUUGAUAAUAAGUAGUACAUUCAGUAUGUAAUUUCUUAAUUUGCUUUAGAUAUUUAUAGUAAAACUUACAGCUAAAACAGAUAUAUUAUAAUUUCUAGGGUUUUCACAUUCAACAUAUAAACAUAGUUAGGCUUUUGCCUGGGUAUCAUUUCACUUUCAUUUGUUUGCUUCAAUUUUGAUAGGAUAGCACACAUUCAUGUUCCUCUAUUAAUACAUACAUAUACAUAUAUAUCUUAUAUAUCUAUAGUAGAUAGUACAUCUAUAUAAUUUGAUUUGUAUGUUUUUCUAUUUUAUUGUUUUCAUUGUGUGACAUCAUUAGGAUUCUGCUUUAAUAUUAUUGUGA